AUGGAGCCGCCCAAAGUUAUCGGGUAUAUUUUAAUCGCCGCGGUUCUCUGCACCCUCGGAUACACAGCUAAGCAAGCUGUGGUGUCGAGAAAGUCGAAACUAUGUGGAAACGCCGAGUGUGGAGAAAUUCUGUUCAAAGCACGCGUCAAACGUGUGAUGGGUGUGAACAGUGAUCCGAGUUUUCUAAAUUUGGUCGAAAACGCGGUGAUCUCGGUGGUGGCGGUGAAGUUUAGCGAUCGGCCCGAUAUUAUGGAGGGAAAGCUAAACGACGAGGGUCCCAGUGGCUUCUUCUACGUCGGCGCCAUCGACAUCCUUCCAUUCGCCGAAUUUCUUCGUGCGGCUAUUGAUGAGAAGAAGGAAAUGUUGAUGAUCAGUCAGAACCCCGCGGAUACUGGCGAUAAGCGAAUUGUUGGAUACGUGCAUUCGGAAACUGAUUUAGUGAGAGAUUACAAUGCGAAGAAUGCUCAAGCAGCCGCUGAAAACGGUCUCCCGCCGCCAGAAGCUCUGCCGAUUCCGGAGCCACCGGCCAGUGGACAUGGACAUUCUCAUGGAGGACACGGACAUAGUCAUGGAGGACAUGGGCAUAGUCAUGGACACCCGGCCCCCACUCCAGAACCUGCAAAAGCUCCGGAAAUGACUCCAGAAGUCGUAAAAUCCGCUGAAAAUGCUCCAAAAUCCACUGAAAAUGCUCCAGAAUCCGCUGAAAAUGCUCCAAAAUUGACUGAAAACGCUCCAGAAACCAUCAAAAACGCGCCAGACGUCGCGCCAGACGCCGUCAAAUCUCCAUCUCCUCCACCACCGAAUCUGAAUAAUGUGUUAGGAGGAAAGCCAGAGACAAAAAUUGGAUUAUCUGAUAUGGAUCUGGAAAUUGAGCGAAUGAUACGAGAGGAGGAGGAGCGAAUGGCUGCUGGAAAACAGGAGGAGAAACAGGAGGAUUUGGUGCUCAAAUCGCUGCCAGAAUCGCUGAAAUUCGAGCAAAUUCAGCCAGAAGUCGUUGAGAAUGCUCCAGAAACCGUCGUGACGGCUCCAGAAUCUGUGACGACGACGACAGUGACUCCAGAAGACGUCCCGCCCCCUCCCUUCACUCAGGACACGCCCACCACGGCUCCAAUUGUUCCGAUUGUCGAGGAGCCCGUCCCUACGACCACGCCCCCUCCUUUAGUGCUCCCGGAAGAGCCGGUGCUCACAGAAGGGCUCCCGGAAGAGCCGGUGACUCAGACGGCACCGGUGGAACCACCAGUUGUGGCUCAGGAGGACCUCACGACUCCGCCUCCUCCUCAAAUUGUCGUCGCUGCUGAAACUGCUCCAGAAGUCACCACGACGACGCCUACUCCAGAAUCCCCAGAAUCCGCUCAUCUUCAUCAUGGACACUCGCACGACGGAGCAGAAGGCCACGGGCAUUCUCACGAUGCUCCAGAAGACGUCAGGGUUCCAGAAGUCGUUCCAGAAGACGUGAAAGCUCCAGAAGACGUUCCAGAAGACGUGAAACGAUCGCCAGAAGAGGAGGAAUUCUUGAAAUGGGAAAACGAGCGGAGCAAGAGAGAAGCGGCUCCGGCGGCUCCGUACGAAGAUGCUCAAAGCCACCAAUUCCAGCACAAAUUACCACCGAAUCCACCUGCUUCAGCUGGAAUUUUUGAUUGGAUUCGCAGCGUGUUGUCACUUGGAAAUGUGACCGAUGGAACUGUUCUUCUCUAUAUCAAUCUCACCUUCUUCAUCGCUUCACUCGUUUUCUACGUCAUUGUGAGGAGUCUGUCGACGGGAGGCGAUUCGGAUGUGUUGGAUAGACAAGCCUAUUUCGACUUGGUAACGAAGCACAAGCAGCUCCAAAUUCAAUUGCAACAGAAGGUCGACGAGAAUCAACGUCUUCAACAGAAUGGUGUCCCACAGCAACAACAGAUGCCGGAUAGAGAGCCCGAAUUGAUGGCAUUGAGACAACAAGUGCAAAGUCUUCAAAAUGAGAUCCAAAUGGCGGCCGCUCACCGUCAAGACUAUGAAUCGCACUAUAACCAAAUGAGAGACGCCUUGGAGCAAAAAGAGCAACAAAUUGGCCAAUUAACUGAGGUAAUUAACGAUUAUAAGGAGAGAUUGGAGAGAAGUUCGACGGAAUCUCAAGAAUUCGCUCGUCAACUGGAUUCUGUGAGAUCAGAGCUCACGGAGACUCAACAAUCAUCGUUCGGACGUCAUCAGGAGUUUGUGGAGAAGCAACAGGAAACAGAACGUCUUCAGACGAGAAUUCAGGAGCUCGGAGGGGAAACGAGACAGAUGACGUCGAGAAUUCAGCAUCUGGAGCAAAUUCAGACGACGUUAGAAGUGGAAGUGAAAGAUUUGAAGUCGGAGAACACUGGACUACUUGGGACGAUUCAACAACUUGAAGCUGAAAUUUUGGAGGCGAGCAAGAAUAACGAUGAGGCGGGAGAAUCUGGAGGAUCAGGAUGGUCGGAUUUUGGAGAUACGGAUGAGGUUGAGGUGAAAGAGGAGGAAAAGUUGACUGAGAAGACGCCGGAGAAUACGGAAGAGCUGCGAGCAAAGUAUAAGAAGUAUGGAGAGGAUAUGGAGGAGUUGAGCAAGGCUAAGGUGCGACUAUCUGAGCUGGAGAAGAAGCUCGACGAGACUGAAAAAGAGCUCUCAAAAUACCGUAAUCUCUACGAUCGUCAAAAGGAUCAAGAGAGUCGAGGAGUCACUGAGACGGAUAUCAAACUGAAAACGGCUGAAACUGAGUGCGCCGAGCUGAAAAAACAGAUCGAACGGCUCAAUAAAUUGAAAGAAGAAGCCGAUGAGCGUUUCAGUUCUCUAUCGAAUUCAUAUGGAGCAGUGUUGACAAAAUCUGGAGAGACGAAUAUUCAGUUCCAGUCGUUACGCGAUGAAAAGAACGCUUUGGAGACGAAAUUGAAGGAUAUGGAGGCGGUGAUUGCUAAGAAAGAGGAGAAGAUUCGAGAUGCGGAAAGUGAAGCGAAGAGAGUUCAGGCUGCCUACAAAAAACUCGAAACGAAAUCGUUCCACGACGUGAUGACACUGAAAAAGGAAUGCGAUGAGCUGAAAUCGGCUCAAUAUCUGAGUGGAGGAGGCGGAGGACGUGAUAAUAUGUUCUCAACGAAUCGAUCGAUAUCUCGUACGGAUCGAAUCGCGUCGCCUUUGGUGGACGAACCGAUUUGGGAUGAGCCAGUGGAAUAUCAGACACAGAAUCAGAUGACGUCAUUACCACCACAAGAAAUGGAUUAUUACUCAUCUGGAAGUGGUGUGACGAUGCCGUCUAGAAGACGUUCGACACGUCGAAGUCAUCUGAUUGGAGGAGAAUCACCGUCGGAUCUGGAGAAGAAGAAGAAGGAUCCAACGUCUUCUGGAGUGACACAACAUCGUCGACGCUCCAGAAGUCAGGGACGACAGCAAUAUCCGACGUAUCCGGAUCCAUAUCAAUACGGAAUUCAUCCGGGAUCAUCGGAUUCGAGUUUUCUGUCGAAUCUUGGAGGAUUCCAGCCACUGACGAAACGGCAUAGUAAAAGUGGACAUUUGAGUGGAGGAGGAGGUGGGGGACACUAUUCAUCUGGAGGAUCCAAUGGAGGCAGAAGUCCACCGCCUGAGAUGCCAUUACUCAGUGCUAUCCCACCGCCUGGUGCGAGAAAACCGAUGAGCAAGAGACCUGACUCCGCCCACCACCACGGCAAAUGA